UGCAUUUAAAAAAACAAUGUUGGGCAGCUUCAUUAACAGAGUGCUUGUGUUGCUUCUUGGAUAUGCGUAUCCUGCAUUUGAGUGCUUUAAAACGGUGGAGAAGAACAAAGUUAGGAUCGAGGAACUCAGAUUUUGGUGUCAAUAUUGGAUCCUUAUGGCGUUUCUGAUAGUAUUCGAGUGGAGUGGGGAAGCAUUUAUUUCAUGGUUUCCAAUGUAUGGCGAGAUGAAGAUUGCAAUGUUAGUCUACCUAUGGUAUCCUAAAACAAAGGGUACUGGUUAUGUAUAUGAUACCUUGCUUCGACCUUUCAUGGCAAGACACGAAACAGAAGUGGAUAGAAAGAUACAAGAGAUCAAAGCUAGAAUAUGGGACUUCAUAUGGAAAUACUGUCAACAUUUCGCAGAUAUGGGGCAGGGAAAAUUCUUUGAAAUGCUUCAAUAUGUGGCAAAUCAAUCUUUAAAGUUUAAACAAGCCAAUCAGGUAAAUUCUGGUUCAAGCAAUGAUUCACCUCGUAGAAGAACUCGUCCGGUUCAAAACUGAUUGACCUCGCUGGCGUAUGAAACCACACAAUUAACAAUUUCUAAUAAACAAACAAAAAUUGUACAAAGAGAUAAGAAACCCAGU